AUGUACCACAUCCACGACCCGACUUUGGAAAUAAUUAUGCAUACAAUGGACCCCGGACUAGGUGCGUUCCUGUUGAGCUGGGGUAGCGUGGAUGAUGCCAUUCGAUUAUCGCUGUCGAUUAGACCAAGCGAUAAUUUAAGAAGCUCAGACCAUAUUCUUCUUCAUCAUGCCCUAUCCGAGGCAGCACAGGGCCGCGAGCUUCAUAUUCCUGAUCACGAUGUAUAUCCACAGGUGCUUUCAGCAGCAACUGAAAAUUCAAAUGUCACUCUCGACGAAACGUCUCGAUCGAAUUUGGGCAGUUCAUCAGCAGAUUCAAAUGCAUCUGGUUCCGGCAUAGAUGCUCCAGCUUUGAAUGGGAUAGACUCGGGUCCCAUCUGUUUGUUUAAUAUUUUCAUGCAGGAGGUCAACCGUCUUGUACAUUCUCGUCUUGUUAUGCAAGGCCAAGGAGAAGUGCGUACAUAUGUCUGA